AUGGUGCAUACCCUCGAGCCAAGCCUGUGCUUGAGAUCAUCCCAAACAACCGCUUCAUCGUCUUCCAUGGCGACCAGCAUGAAGCCCAAACUAUCAGAGUUGAAUGGUGUGGUCCGAUUGACCACACCAGAUGCCAUGAGCAUCAAGAACGUGAAGAUCUGGCUCGAGGGCAAGCGACGAAUCUCGUGGUUCUACAUGGGUGGAAUGGCUGCAGGCGAAGUGUCGGACAAAAAGACCUUCUGGCGCGAGGAGCGCGCCCUAGGCACAUCUGGCACGCACAAGAUCAACUCGGGAACGAUAGAAUGGCCCUUCGAAUACACACUCGAUCCCAGCAUGCCCGAGAGCAUCGAAGGCAUGAACAGCACCUACAUUGUCUACUACCUGCACGCAAGCGUUUCGAGACCUGGCUGGAACGCAAAGGACAUCACUACCACGCAGCACAUUCGUAUCGUAAGGACUCUGGGCUCCGAGCAGAUGGAGACAACUCGCUCAAGGGUAUGUACCUCGAACUCGACUGCCGCAACACGCAUGCUGACUCGCUGUCCAACAGNNACCAACGCCGACAUCUGGGCAAACAAGCUCAGCUACAGCAUCUCAAUCCCGACCGACGCCGUUGUUNUUGGAACGUCCAUUGUUGCAGACGUCGAAUUGUCGCCUAUCCGAAAGGGUAUUAAGCUCGGCAAGAUCGAGAUGAGGCUCAUAGAGGCCGUGACCAAGAGGAUACAGUCGGCCGAAGUACCCGACCAGCGUGGUGACAGAUGCAAGGUUGACGAGUCGGACGUUGCAAAAGCAGAGAUGGAGUUCCCCGAAGACUCGCGUGUCACUUUUGCUGACGAGAGCGCCGACAACCCCAUCAUGGAAGACGAGAAAUACGUCUUCAAGGCGACUCUGGAACUGCCCAAGUCUCUCAAGCAAUGCAGACAGGAUGUCGAUUCUCACAACAUCAACAUUACCCAUCGCUUCAAGCUCAUGGUCAACAUCCACAACCCCGAAGGUCACAUCUCUCAGCUCGUUUGCCGUCUUCCUGUCAAGCUAUUCAUCUCUCCUAAUCUGCCUGUCGACGACUCGAACGAGGUCCAGGUCGCUACAAGAACCAUGACCGACGCCGAAUUGAACCAACAAGAAGUUACACUAAACGCCCCACCAGAAUACGGUCGACACCAGCUCGAUGCUCUCUACAACGAUAUCAACACUGGCGGAUACAUGAGUCGCGCUCCCAGUGGAUCAGCCACCNCUUUCUACGCCCAGAGUCGCAACGGAUCUUCGGAAAACCUGCAAUCUUUGAACGGUGUCGCAGACAUGCAUCACUCGCAGUCAAUGGCAGCACUUGGUGGUGGCGAGAGUCACUUUGUACCCGCCCAGCUUCGUUCGCGUCUUGCCAACUUGCAAGACCAAGGCUCAAGCAGACAGAUCCGCGCUGCGCCCGUAGCCCACCAUUCUCCAUCGGGCGGUAACACUCCCGCAUACACUGGAGGCUACUUUGCUGCUCAUUUCUCCCAAUCGCACUCAGGACAUGCUUCUCCGCCACAUCAAUCGCCCGCGCAUAGCGUACCAGAGUCACGCCGAGCUUCUGGAGAUGGCGAGGAAAUGGUCGACGACACCGUACCCCACAUGGACGACUUCGACAUGGGCACGCUAUCGAGAGUACCAAGUUACGGAGCUGCUGUCCGUACACCUGGACCAUUCACGCCCUUCGCCGAUGGACCACCUAGUUAUAUGGAAGCCACCAGCAGACCGCCAAGUCCUACUCUGCAACUUCCGCAAAGGCCAGGCGCCGUCCAUGUCAGAAGCGGCAUCAGCACCNCUGGAUCUCAUUCGAGCAAUGCGACGUUGACGGGUGCUAUAACUCCUGGUAGUUUUGCUCCCAAUGGCCUUACUCCUCUUACCCAAUUGCAUCCACACGAGGAAAACCGCUUGCGCAUGUUGAGAGCAAGAGCGGAUUAG